UGAGAGAAAUGACUGCGUUUUGAGUCCUUUGUCGCCCCUACCCCCACACCACCUCCUCUCAUCCCUCCUCUUCUUCUUCUCCUUCCCUUUCUCUGCACUCGAUCCUCCUUGUUCUUCUUGUCGUUGUUAUUUUUCUUUUCUUUAAAUCUCUCUCUCUCUCUCAUAGAUAAUUCAACUACUCUUAAAACUUCGAGUACCGGAGCACACCCUCUCUCUCUCUCCCUCCCUCUCUCUCCAUCUCUCUCUUCUUUUUCCAUUCUCUUCUUAUUUUCUCUAUAUAUUAAUUUUUCCCACUUCCAUAAAAUAAACAAAAGCAGAAAAACACAAACAGUUUUUAAUUUGCUAUUCCCAGUUCCAUAAACUAAUUUUAUAUAAAAAAUCAUUUUUAAUAAUUUUCUCCCCUUGUUUUCUGUUUUUCUUUUUGAUGUGUCCAUGGCUGGUUUGGAUUUAGGCUCAGCUCCUCGCUACGUUCACCAGCUUCACAGGCAAGACUUGCACCUCCAACAACAACAACAAACCGACUCUGAAGACGAUGCAGUAGUCAACAGGUCAACCGGCCAGUUCUCCGCGGAAGAUCAUCACCAGGGCCUUGACCUCGGGGGCAUCAACCCCGGGUCAGGAGACAUCGUGGCCCGACGGCCCCGAGGUCGUCCUCCUGGAUCCAAAAACAAGCCUAAGCCCCCAGUCAUCAUCACAAGAGAAAGCGCCAACACUCUCCGAGCACAUAUUCUCGAGGUAGGCAACGGCUGCGAUGUAUUCGACUGCGUCGCCACGUACGCGCGGCGCCGACAGCGUGGGAUCUGUAUUUUGAGCGGCAGCGGAACGGUCACCAAUGUAAGCCUGCGGCAGCCGGCCGCAGCAGGCUCCGUAGUAACCCUUCAUGGAAGGUUCGAGAUUUUGUCCCUUUCAGGCUCAUUUUUGCCCCCGCCGGCCCCUCCCGGCGCCACGAGCUUGACCAUAUUCUUGGCCGGCGUGCAAGGGCAGGUGGUCGGGGGCAGCGUGGUCGGUGAGUUGACCGCCGCAGGCCCCGUUAUUGUGAUCGCCUCCUCGUUUACUAAUGUUGCUUAUGAGAGGCUGCCUUUGGAUGAAGAGGAGCAGUUGCAGGUGCAGGUCCCCCAGGGUUCCGGAGGUAGCGGCGGCGGCGGUGUGGGUGUCGGCAACAACCCUUUCCCCGACCCGUCUUCGGGGCUUCCUUUCUUUAAUCUUCCAUUGAAUAUGCAGAAUGUUCAGCUGCCGAUUGAUGGGUGGGCUGGAAAUAACUCAGGAGGUCGUCCACCAUUUUGAGAGAGAGAGAGUAGAGCAAAUUAAUUGAAGUGAGAUGAUGCUAAGAGUUUGAUGUGUUUAAUUAGAAUAUUUUAGAUGGGGAUUUCAGAUUUGAAGCUGGGUUGUGCAUUGGAUGAGAUGAGCUUUCUUGGAGAUAAAAGGUCAGCAAAUUUCAUGGACUAGCUAGUCAUCAUCCUCAUGUUUAAUUUUUUUUUCUUCUUCUUCUUUCUUUUUCUGUUAAAUUUGAAGUUACCACUUCUUCUUCUUCUUGUUGUUUCUUCUUUUGGGUCUCUUGGAUUUAUGGAAAUAGUGGCUUUUGUUCUUUAUAAGGAAUGGUUUGAGGUUUCAGCUUUAAACAGAUAGCAAUUAUUUUUAUUACGUUUAGAAAGUGGCACAGUCCCUGAAAUUUAGGGGGUACUGCUACCAA